GGCUCACCGGAGCAGGUUCGCGCGCCGCUCUGUGCCUCCGUGAGCGCUCCGCGUGGCCCGCCGACCGUUUACUCCUUUCCCCAAGCCCAAGCCUGCCUAUUAAACCCAACGCUACUCUUCCUCUGCUUCCCUACCAGUUCAUUACUCUUCUUGCUCUGAAUCGCGAGAGAGAGAGAGGGGGAGAGAGAGAGAGAGAGAGAGAGAGGUGUUAGGUGCAGCUAGCUAGGAGCAAGCAAGCAGAUCCAGGAGGAGCGGAGAUGGCGGACUGGGGGCCGGUGGUGGUCGCGACGGUGCUGUUCGUGCUGCUGACGCCGGGGCUGCUGUUCCAGCUGCCGGCGCAGGGCCGGAUCGUGGCCUUCGGCAGCAUGCACACCGGCGGCCUCGCCAUCCUCGUCCACGCCGUCAUCUACUUCGCCCUCAUCACCAUCUUCCUCAUCGCCAUCGGGGUCCACAUCUACGCCGGCUAGACCCCCCCACUCUUCUUCGCCGCACAUCGCUUCUCGGCUCUGCCGCGCGUUAUUAAGCUUUGUUGCCUGCCGAGCUUGUCUGUCUCUUACUACUAUUAUUGUUGAUGUACUGUGUGUGUAGUAGCUUCUGUUGUCUUCUUUGGUUGAUCGGAGAAACAAUCGGAAGCUAGUAGUAUAUGGUUUGGUGGUCGGCUGGGGUUUCGUUUGAGAUGGCUCUUGUCUCUGGGAUGAAAUUUUAUCCAGAAUGGCCGUUGUUGUUGCUCCUAUUGCCGUUGUGAAUCCUCUCUUGAAUUAACCUUGGACGUGUCAAAUUAUUUA